AUGUCGGACGGAUUGCACCGGAAACGACCUACGCGAGACAAUGGACAAGCUGUUGCUUCAACCGCUGGUCCCGGGGUCGGAGGGCACCAGAGUAACGGAAGAGGCUCUGGAGUGACAUCAGGUUUGACAAGCCUACCACGACGACAACGGCACUUCAGAAUGGCUACAUGGAAUAUCUUUUCACUCACAGGGAAGCACCAGGAGCUUAAGAGCGAAGCAAAAAGAUUCCAAUUAGAUAUAAUUGGUGUUUCGUCUACUAAGCAAAGAGGUAGUGGAACUGUGGAUCUUGAGGAAGGGUGGCAACUUUUCCUGUCCGGAGUGGCACCGGAAAUGUCUGCACAGGCGGGUGUGGGGAUACUCACAAGCCCUCGGCUGUCAGACAGGGUUUGUGAUGUCUGGACACACAGUGGAAGAGUGAUGGGUAUCAAGAUCAAACUUGAGAGAUCUUCCCUGGCGGUGUUGCAGGUGUACGCACCGAACGCAUCGUCAGAGUACCCAGCUUUCCUAGAUGAAGUGGAGGAAGUCCUGAAUAAGGCAUCUUCUGAAGCGGAUUCAGUUGUGUUGUUUGGGGAUUUCAAUGCCCAUGUUGGUGUUGACUCUGAGACAUGGAGGGGUGUGAUUGGGAAGAACGGGGAUAAGACACAGGAGAUUCAUAAAUACACCUGGGAAGACACAAAACGAGGACUUAAGUCAAUAAUUGACUUUGUCCUGGUACCCGGUGUUGAUAGAAGAAUUGUCCAAGACGUUCGAGUUUUUAACAGUGCUGAACUGUCAACUGAUCACCACCUGCUCUUUGCAAAAAUUAACCUCAACGAAGAUCCUCCCGCUCUACCUAAGGGUAAGAGCAAAGUGCUUAAAUGCAUUAGGUGGGAGAGUCUCAAGAAGAAAGACGUUGAGGAAAAAUUUGUGAAGGGCAUACAGGAAAGGUUUGAACAAAUUCCACAGUCUCCUUCUGACAUAGAGGCUGAAUGGGCCUGCUUCCAAACAGCCAUUUUGGCCUCGGCUACAGAAGCUUGUGGCGUUAAGCGCAUUAAUGUGACGAACAACGUGAAACGGUCAUCUUGGUGGGGAACACCGGGAGUAAAAGAAGCCGUUGGAGAGAAAAAGAAGGCUUACAAGUUGUACAUACAAUGUAAGGAUUCUGAUUCUCGUGAUCGUUAUGUUGAGGCGCGAAAGGCUGCAAAGCUCGUAGUUAAAGCCGCUAGAGAGGAGGCGUGGAAAAAGUUCGGUGAAAAGCUGGAGCUUGACUAUAGGUCGGCAAACAAAACUUUCUGGCAAACAGUCCGAAGACUCCGAGGGAAGAAGAGCAAUUCCAUCCAAGGAGUAACAUCCAAGGAAGGGAAUCUUCUGACCAAAGAGGAAGAGGUUUUAAAUCGCUGGAAAGAGUACUUCUCAGAAUUGCUCAAUCCUCAGCAAGGCACUGAUGAUGACGUACCCAGGAGUAAAGGCAGGGAGGAAAGUAGUCCUUCAGAGAGUGAAGUCCUGUAUGCGAUUAAAAAAAAACCAACCACUUGUGCCUCCCUGCAGCAAUCCCACAGAAAGAAGAUUCUGAAUCAUUUUCAUGGGGGAGUUGGAGAGGUGCGGUUGGAGAAGAAGAUUGGGCGAUUGCUAAAUGGAUUCGAGGUCGAUACAGUGAUGUGGUUGUGUAUUUGA